CCCGCCCCGAAUGACAUAUCAAAAAACAAGCAGUGUUCAUGAGACUUGAAUUUUUGUUACGGACCAGUCUGUGGUAUUGUUCUAAUAACUGGAUAUAAUACUUCUUCGAAUAUUUUUCUUGUGCCUAAUAUCCAUUACGAAUCGCUGACGUUAAGACCGUGAAUAAUUUGUAAAUUAAUUUGUAAAUCGUCCGCUGCUCUUCCAAACCGUCUGCUGGACAAUCAGUCACGAAGUUAACGUAAACGACGACAUGUCUUCCUUUGACGAGAUCAAAAAUUUGUACCAGAAUUUAAAAACCGAGUGGAAUAAAAGGAAGCCCGAUUUCAAGUUAUGCAACAAUAUUUUGUUACAGAUCAAGGUUGGAAUGACCAAACACACAUUUUUACCAACUACUAAUGUAGAAGCAUCUCAUAAAGAAUAUUUGAUAGCAAGAGAUAUAUUAGAAGUUGGUGUACAAUGUAGUAUUGCCAUGCAUGAUAUUCCAUCAUUUGAACGAUACAUGGCUCAGCUCAAGUGUUAUUAUUUGGACUACAGGGACAAAUUACCUGAAUCUGCAAAUCAAUAUCAUUUAUUAGGUUUGAACUUAUUGUUUUUACUAUCUCAAAACCGGGUAGCAGAGUUUCACACUGAAUUAGAGCUACUCCCAUAUGACAUUAUUCAAACCAAUACUUAUAUAAGGCAUCCAGUUGCUUUAGAACAGUACUUAAUGGAAGGCAGUUAUAAUAAAAUAUUUCAAGCUAAGAGUAAUGUACCAUCAGAUACAUAUAAUUUUUUUAUGAAUAUAUUGUCUAACACAUUACGUAAUGAGAUUGCUGAGUGCUUACAAAAAGCAUAUAAAAAAGUAUCAAUUAAUUCUGCAACAAAAAUGUUAAAUUUUAACAAUACUAAUGAAAUGAAUGAUUUUGCUAUUAAAAAAAAGUGGAUUCUAGGUCAAGAUGGAUAUUAUGUAUUCAACCUCGAAGAAGAGAAAAAAGCAGUAGAGCCAAUACCGGCAUUACAGAUAGCUGAUUUUGCUAUUCAUUAUGCCAAAGAAUUGGAAACUAUUGUGUAAAUUCAGUUCACUUAAUUUUCAAUUGAUUAAUUAAAACCAUCAAAAUUAAUUGAAAAUUUGUAAUAAGCAUCUAAAUCUUAAUGUU